ACGUAGAAAUUGCAACGGUUUUCGAAGCUCGACGAAUUUGCAGCAGCAGCGGCGGCGAUGGAGGUGCACAGGAUCCCGCAGGGCCAGUACGUCGACGGCCUGCGAUGGCUUCCCAUUCCUUCCACACUCGCACUCUCACUCUGGGAUGCCGAUACAGGCCUUUCCACUCUCGAAAUUGCUUUCCUUCAGGAUCCUGAACAAGAAGGCCAAGCACCAUGGAUGGAGACCCAAGCUUCCUGGGAUUUGAGCACCCGCACGAGUGCAAUGAAAUCUUCCUCGAACCAAUCCAACAUUGCUCUUGCUCUAGCUUCGGAGACUGGUUCUUUGCAAGUCUUUCUUAUCGAUGCCAUGAAUCCUUCUUUGGACUCUGCACCUCUGGUUCUGGAACGCCUGCACAAGAACGUUCCAUCGGCUUUGGACAUCCAAAAGGAUACCCUUCAGUGUGUUACGGUGGGCAGCGACGGCAGAAUCAAUUUGGUGCAAGCCCGGCAGUCAGGACUACAAGGCGAUUGCUUGCAUGAUAAUCGUGGCGUGCUAUCAUACUCAACAGUCUGCUGGGCGUCACCUACUGAAUUUGUCCUUGCAGGGCAUGGGGCAGGAAUUCAAUGGUGGGACAAUCGCCGGCCUGGUGGAGCUGUUGCUCAGUCCCCUGCAAAGUGGGUGGGUGCAGAUGGAGUUGGUAGCAUCCACACUGUAGAUGUCCACCAGUCUCGCAAACAUCUUUCUGUGGUGGGAGGCUCAGGAGGAACAGUCCUGGCAUGGGAUUUGAGACGGCAAAAUGAGCUCCACUCUCUUGCAGGAAGGGGCUGUAAGAGUGGCUCCAGCACAGGUGCAGAGGGUGAAAUCUGGAACGUGAAACUAGAUCCAGCGCUGCAAGUAGGCCAAGGCGAGUCCGGAAAGAUACCUCCGGUCUUGAUGUGCUCUGAAGAUGGCAUUCUUGCUCUUAUUGAGUCUGGAAUGACUACGGAGUUGGCUGUGGAAUCAUGUGCUAUAAAUAGCUUUGAUGUUGACUUAGAACUCGGAUCUGAAAUAGUGUGUGCUUUGGAGCAUGAAAGUGUGUUGUACGUCAAACGAUCAUCGUAGUUUUAUGAGAAAUAUAUAGUACAUCAGAGCUCAACUCUUUUCUCGAUUGGGAGUUCUGUUAGUAGUAUCAAAGUUUUAUUCGCUAUGGAUUAUUUUGUUACAGGAAACUGGUGCAAGUUUUUGAGAUCAAGCCUGAGUAAAGAAGUGGUCGAGAAGUGCGAGUCUGUAGAAUGAAUUACACGUAGGAGCAAAGAGCUAGCAUACCACAAGAUUAUGUUUUUUUGACUUGUGGAAGGAAUCCAUGCCUAUGCCUUCGAGGUAGUGACAUGUUUUCGAAGUGGUAUGGCUGAUUGAACCAGAACAUGAUUCUCAAGUUCAAACCUGGUGUUCAUGUAUUCACUUCAGCUUGAUGUGAAGUGAUUAACUCUUUCAUUCAAGUAAUCACCAUACUAUUUCUGUUCAAA